GGUAAACAUCAUCUGCGCAUGUACACAGGUGUGCGUCCAUGUUUGAAAGCAAAGGAAGGAAUUUGCGCUAUGUGCUGAACUAAAUACACUGUUUACAAUGAAGUUACUGCUUCUGUUUGUGGUACUCCCGGUCGCUCUAUGUGUUGACCCAGAAGUCUUGAUUCAGGACACAAGACCUCCGACGAAAAGGACCCCUGGUGGUGUAAACCAAAUCGUCAUCAAUAAAAGCGAGGAUGCUUACCUAACAUGUGUUGUACACAACAAAGAUGCCGACACUAAGGUGGAGUGGAGAUAUUGGUCCCCUAAAUUCUCCUUCACGAUAUCUACUGGACAAGACUCCAAGGAUCCGUUCCAUUAUCAAGUUGACCAACCGUCUGCCAUUUCGUGGCGUUUGAAGAUCCAGAAUGUGGAAGUCUGGGCUAAUGCUCGUUACUUUUGUCAGGUUCUGAUCGGUGACAAGAAAUACGCUAAAGAUGAGCGUACGCUCAGGGUUGUAGAUCCACCUAAGAUCCUGGACCUGUUGACGGACAGUGAUAUGACCAUUGAGGAGGGCACGCUUUUCUCACUCCGGUGUAAUGCCACAGGGGAACCAUUUCCCAAGGUCAAGUGGGAACGGCUGGCUGGAGGACUCCUCCCUAGUGGGGGCGCUGAACACGCGGAUUUCACCAUGAACAUGGGUGUCGCCACCCCAAGCCAUCGUGGAGCGUACAAGUGCACAGCGGAGAAUGAAGCUGGGAAGGAUACGCGUAUUGUUGCCGUCAGAAUAGUGUUUAAGCCGCGAGUGGAACAGCGACAUAGGGUGGUGUCCCAGGCUGUAGGGUACCGGACAGAUCUCGAGUGUACGGCUGCUGGAUACCCUAUACCCGAGGAGAGCCAGUUCAUAUGGACAAAGCUCGGCAAACCUGUUACUGGAGGGAACUACAAGGUGAUAUAUAUCCAGGGCGCAUCUGACCGGGUAUUCACUAAACUGACCAUCUACAACGUGCAGCUCAGCGAUUAUGGUCUCUAUAGCUGUAUGGCUUCCAACAUCAAGGGCGACUCGACUCCAGCUCAGAUAGAACUCAAACAAUCCAACAGUCCGACCCCUGACAGUACCGGACAGAUCCGUAGCGGGGCCGGGGUUCUCAGUGUCAGCCUUACAACCAUUUUCACUCUCCUCCUGGUGUGUCUAUUACAGAGAAUGUAAACUUUGUCAUGUCGGAAACUCAUCAUACAGAGACUGGACAAGUCUGAACCCUACAUCAGGACCGGUAUUCAUCACACCGUCCUCAGACUGGACAUGUCUGAACCCCACAUCAGGGCCGGUAUUCAUCACACAGUCCUCAUGCUCAAACUCAGAUUCUGUGCUCAGAUCAUGUCAAAUGUAAACAUUGGAAAACAGUAUUUGGCUGUAAAUCUCUUGAAAAUGUUUCUAAAUCACUGACAAAAUAUGAUUUAUUUAUUAAGUUGUAACCAGGACAAGAAAUUAGGUUUGAGCCCAAAAUCCAUGCUUGAGCAUGAGAAUAGUUUCAUGAAUACAGGCCCUGGUCACAAACUUGAGUUGUACAAGUGUAUUAUGAUUGUUUUUGUUUUCACGGACUAGACACAUCUACAAGACAAUAAUUACACAUAUUUUACUCAGGUGGAGAUUAGACGGUCCCUAAUUUUAAAAAAAAUACAUGAAAAUAAAUUGACAUCUCUCUCUUAAGCUACUUCUUUCUAUACGUCUUCAUUUGUAAUCAAAGCCAUUUACAGUAAAAGUAACUGAAUAGUCUAUGUAUGUUUAUUAAAAAAAGAAUUGUCUUUUUACCAAAUUUCUUUAUAAAGCAUCGAAGUAGGUUUUAUUGUGAUAAAAACUUCAGUUGGACUUUUAUAACUUUUUGUGGUUUUCAUGAUUGAUGAAAAUAAUUUAAAAUGUUUAUUCAGAUAUUCAAGGAAGAUCAAAAGAGUUUGUUUUUUAUAUGAAUUAUUGAAACAAAUGUCGAACUUUUCAUUCUGUUUAGAUUUUGUCAUGCUAAAAUAAGAACUAGAAAUGAUAAAAAAAAUCUAUUUAAUUUAUUGAAGAUUCAGUUCACACAGCCAGAUUUUGUUUUCAAAUAUUUUGAAAAGUUUAACAUUUUCUCUAAUAGCUAUCAAGUUUUCGACUAUACCCUCUUGUAGUCUAUGAUGUAUUAUCUAUAGGACUUAUCACGACAUCAUCAUUGAACCAUCUGUGACAUAACAAUAGAAAGUCAUAUUACACCAGUUAGUAUGACAAAGUAUGACAUGGUGGAGAAAUUCACUGCAUAACACUCCAAUAAUGGUCACAAUUGACAACACAAUGAUGUCAGGUCUGAGAACAAACAGCUUCUGUCUGCUGUAUUGUACAUUUUUCUAGUUACAUGAUUUAGUAAUUUACCUAACAAAUACAAUUUUAUUUCUGAAAACAAAAAUCAAUACAUACCUUAUAAAAUUAUUGAUGGUGAGAAAGUUCUUUGUCUGUCAAGGAAUUUGUGUUAACCCUUUCACCCCUAAGUAUUAUAAGUAGACUCUACCAUGUAUUGAUAUGGACGAGUCCAUUAUGAUCUACAGUGGUAAAAGGGUUAAAUAUGCAAAAAACAAUAUAUAAUGUGAUCAUUUGUUCUUCCUUUCAAAAUAACUCCAUUAUGCUAGAAGUGUUUCUGUUGGGUAUUAUUUUGUAACAGAAAAUAACAUUUACAUAGUUUAUGAAGUAGCAAACUGCUUAGAUUCUGUUUCGGAGUAAUACCUUAUUCAUAACUUAAGAAAGAAAAUCAAUUAAUCUUUAUCUUGUAGCCAUAUGUACAUAUUGAAGUCAUAUUCAGUCAAUGUCUGUUAUAUUGUGUAAUCAAGUGUUAAAUACUGUAAAAUUACUAAUUUUCGUUGGAUUAUUUAUUUUGUUGGUUUCCAGGGUUCUGCACAAAUUCAUAGGUCCGCGAAGUAAUUACAAGUUUGACAUAAAACAAUUCUCUGUUAGAGUGGGUACCUGUAAUAUACAUAUGGGGGCGGGUCCAGGUGAGGGCGUAAUGGGUGUACACCCCCCCCCCCUUUUUUUUCAAAAAAGCACAAAACAAAACCGUAAUCUACUAAUAUUGUAUUGAAUAUGGCAAUUUAUCAUAUUCAUUAAUUAAACACAUACACUGAUUUCAUUUUAUACUGAUUCCUCCAUCCGAUGGGUGAUCCGUAAAAUUCACUAUAAAUAUGAUACUGGGUAUGCUCCGACAAAUGGGGUUGCAUUUUCAGCUAAAUUGUCUGAAAUGGGGUAUAAAAAAUGUCAAACCCUGACACAUUAACUAUAAAAAAUACAUGCUCCAAAUCAGGAACCGUUACAUUAGUGCAUUUCACAAUUAUUUUAUGUUUUUUAGCAAAAAAAGGGUCCAAUUUUUUUUUACCCUCGCUCCGCUCGCCGACAGAUUUCAUUCUACGCCACCUCCUUCAAAUAUCCAAGAAACGCCCCCGAUUCAUGUACCCACGGAAUGGUGUUUUAUCUGGAAACCACAAAAUUUGGGCUCCACGAAAAUAUCUGAUUUCACAGUAUUUUAAAUUUUUGUAUAUAUUGUAAAAAUAAACCAUAUUUCACACAUAUAUAUAUAUUUUUCUAUGUGACCACAUUAGGAGUUGUAUAUAAGAACGAUAUUUCUAAAUGUCACCAUUGGUGAAAAAGUAUCUUCUUUUGUGAUUCUUUUAAACUAAUGCAUGAAUUUGAACCCAGAAAUUGUUUCGUUGUAAAAAAAAAUAUUUGAAAGAUUUGUCUAUUUGGUUUUUGAAUAUAAAUCAUUAGAAAUAUAGAACAAAUGUCAAUAUAAGUCUCAAAAUUUUGGCCUAUGGCCUUCUUCAAGGACGAAAGUCAACGAUUGUAUCAAGCAAGUCCAUCUUGCUUAAACUGUAUGAUGUCACAAUGACACAUCGAAUCUAUGACGUCAUAAUAGCAUGCCGUCAAAAAUACAAAACGUCGAUGCAAUAUUGAGAAAUAUAUUGGGACUUCGCGGGACUUUUUUCUAUAUUUUUAUCUUGUUUUCCCAUUCAAAAUCAUCCAUUGUUUAUCAAAUCAUUAGAGCUAAUAAAAUAUAAUACAGUAUACCUAGGUAGAGGUAUGUAUUCGUCAGUCUGAUUGUCGUGAUAUUACCAGGUUACUAUUAUAUAUCUAUCAAGUUUGUGAAUUUGUUUCAGGAAUUCAGAAUUUUAACCUACAAUUUGUUUAUAAUAAUGGAGGCAGACUCAAAUUGUACAUGCGAUUUUAACAUGCUUCAACUUACCUUAACUUCCAGUUAUUAUGUCUUCUCCAAUUUGCAAUGUAACAGAUACAUUUAAUAAUUGUAUGUUUGUAGAUCGAAUUAGGUGUGAAUUGGGAGAGAGUGCUUUUUAAAUAUUUCAUACAUUUGUAAAUUGUAACCUUUUUAACAUCAUCUUUUUGUACACAACAUUUUAACAAACAUUCCAUUUUUUUGCAUUACAUUGUUUUUAUAUUUGAUUUAAAUACAAUGAAUAAUAUAGAGAAGGAUACAAUAUAUCUCUAUAAUAUAUACUUAUAUCACAGAUAACUGUUUAUCCAGGACCAAGUUUUAUGUAAGCUUAACACAGAGUUAGACUGACCCCACCCAUUAAAUAAUAUCAAGUUGGAACGUCUACAUGGGUUUAAGAGAUUUUUACUUAUGAAAUCUUGAAUGUUCAUUAAAAACACUAUAUAUAACUUUAAUGUACCUGGUUAAAACAAACACCUGAAAUUAUGUAUUCAAACUUUUUCAAGGAAAAAACCCAUUUAAUUGGUUCAUGACAAAUAUAACAGAAAAUUCAAAAAGAUUUUUGAGAGACUGAUGUGGUAUAAGUGAUUAAAAACGGCUGUCUAGGAUUAAUACUAUGCAUUAUAAUUUUGAGAGAAUGAAACUGUUGUCUGUUCAUAUACAUGGGUCAUAUGUCCAUUCACAUCCAUGGUAACUGGUUAAUGAAGAAAGAUAUGUGAACUAUUUUCUACUUUCAGAUAAUUAUUAAUUUGUCAAACAGAAUUAUUGAUAAAUAAAGUGAAAAAUUAUUA